AUGGAGAACGGGGAGCGAACCCCCGCAGCGGAGGCGCUCGGGGCGGCGGGCGAGUCACCUCAGGGCCGUUUGCCUCUCGGGGAAGAGGGCCUGGCGGGGCCGGCGGAGCCCGAGCCCAUGGCGGCCGAAGCGGCCGGGAGCGGCGAGGGCGAGGGCCGGCCCCAGCGGGCUCUGAGGGUUGUAUACGUUCGCAGCGAGAGCUCCCAGGGUGGUGCGGCCGGCGGCCCCGAGGCGGGCGCCCUCAAUUGCCUUCUUCGGGCGUGCGAGGCUCAGGGUGCGCACCUCACGGCCGUGUCUUUUGGGGAACUCGACUUCGGGGAGACGGCCGUGCUCGAUGCCUUCUACGAUGCAGAUGUUGCUGUGGUGGACAUGAGUGACAUCUCCAGACAACCUUCCCUUUUCUACCAUCUUGGAGUCCGAGAAAGCUUUGACAUGGCCAAUAACGUGAUUCUGUACUAUGACACUGAUGCCGACACUGCUAUGUCACUGAAGGAUAUGGUAUCUCAGAAAAACAUAGCAUCUAGCGGAAAUUAUUAUUUCAUCCCCUACAUCGUGACACCAUGCGCGGAUUAUUUUUGCUGUGAAAGUGAUGCCCAAAGACGAGCUUCAGAGUAUAUGCAGCCCAACUGGGACACCAUCCUAGGUCCUUUGUACAUGCCCCUGGUGGAUAAGCUCGUUAGCCUCCUUAAGGACAUCCACGUCACCUCAUGUGUUUAUUACAAAGAAACUUUAUUAAAUGACAUCCGGAGAGCCAGAGAGAAAUACCAGGGUGAAGAACUGGCAAGGGAGCUGGCACGGAUUAAACUUCGCAUGGAUAACAUUGAGGUUCUGACCUCAGACAUCAUCAUUAACUUACUCCUGUCUUACCGUGAUAUCCAGGACUAUGAUGCCAUGGUCAAACUGGUAGAAACACUGGAGAUGUUACCUACGUGUGAUUUGGCUGAUCAGCAUAAUAUUAAGUUCCACUAUGCAUUUGCACUGAAUAGGAGAAAUACUGAAGGUGACCGGGAGAAGGCUCUUCAGGUCAUGCUCCAGAUUCUACAGAGCUGUGAUCACCCAGCCCCUGACAUGUUCUGCCUGUGUGGAAGGAUCUACAAGGACAUCUUCCUGGAUUCCGACUAUGAAGAUUAUGAAAGCCGAGACAGUGCCAUUGCAUGGUAUCGCAAAGGAUUUGAACUCCAGUCUUCCCUUUAUUCAGGAAUUAACCUUGCAGUUUUGCUGAUAGUUGCUGGUCAACAGUUUGAAACUUCCAUUGAACUGAGGAAAAUAGGUGUUCGUCUGAACAGUCUGUUGGGAAGAAAAGGGAGCUUGGAGAAAAUGAACAAUUACUGGGAUGUGGGUCAGUUCUUCACUGUCAGCAUGUUGGCCAGUGACAUUGGGAAGGCAGUCCAGGCAGCAGAAAGAUUGUUCAAACUGAAACCGCCAGUCUGGUACCUGAGGUCAUUAGUUCAGAACUUGUUAUUAAUUCAACGCUAUAAAAAAUCCAAUACUGAACAUUCCCCCAGGCAGGAACAACUUAACUUCUGGCUAGAUAUAAUUUUUGAAGCAACCAAUGGAAUUACUCAUGGACUCAGAUUUCCGGUUCUGGUGAUAGAACCAACCAAGGUUUACCAGCCUUCUUAUGUUUCUGUCAACAAUGAAGUUGAGGAGAGAGUGGUUUCUUUGUGGCAUGUCUCACCUACGGAAAUGAAACAAAUCCAUGAAUGGAAUUUUACAGCUCCUUCUAUUAAGGGAAUAAGCAUAUCCAAGUUUGAUGAACGGUGUUGUUUUCUUUAUGUCCAUGAUAAUUCUGAUGACUUUCAAAUCUACUUUUCAACUGAAGAUCAGUGUAGAAGGUUUUGCUCUUUGGUCAAAGAGAUGUUAACCAAUGGAACGGGCAGCUCUAUGGAGCUGGAGGGAGAGGCGGAUGGAGACACCUUAGAGUAUGAGUAUGACCUUGAUGCAAAUGGAGAGAGGAUUGUCUUGGGGAAAGGCACUCAUGGGAUUGUGUAUGCAGGCCGAGAUCUGAGCAAUCAAGUGCGAAUAGCCAUCAAAGAAAUCCCAGAGAAAAUCAUCAAGUACUCUCAGCCUCUACAUGAAGAAAUAGCCCUGCACAAGUACCUCAAGCACCGCAAUAUUGUCCAAUACCUGGGCUCUGUUUCAGAGAAUGGCUACAUUAAGAUAUUUAUGGAACAGGUACCUGGAGGAAGCCUUUCUGCUCUCUUAAGAUCCAAAUGGGGACCCAUGAAGGAGCCCACUAUCAAAUUUUAUACCAAACAGAUCCUAGAAGGCCUGAAGUACCUCCAUGAAAACCAGAUAGUGCACAGGGACAUAAAGGGUGAUAAUGUUCUGGUAAACACCUAUAGUGGAGUGGUGAAGAUCUCUGAUUUUGGGACCUCUAAACGCCUUGCAGGAGUGAACACAUACACAGAGACCUUUAUGGGUACUCUGCAGUACAUGGCACCAGAGAUUAUCGAUCAAGGACCUCGGGGUUAUGGUGCCCCAGCUGAUAUCUGGUCUCUAGGCUGCACCAUCAUUGAAAUGGCCACCAGUAGGCCCCCAUUCUAUGAGCUUGGUGAUCCACAUGCUGCAAUGUUCAAAGUGGGGAUGUUUAAGAUUCACCCUGAGAUUCCAGAAGCCCUGUCAGCCGAGGCCAAAGCCUUCAUCUUAUGCUGUUUUGAGCCGGAUCCUCACAAACGGGUCACCGCCGAUGACCUCCUCAGACAGAAUUUCUUAAGGCAGGUGAACAAAGGCAAGAAGAGUCGAAUUGCUUUCAAGCCAUCAGAGGAUGUCAGGGGCACCACCAGUGUCCUAGCCUUGCCCUCGCCAGGGGAGCCGGUGGGCAGCAGCAGCAGCGAACAUGGCUCCAUCUCCCCUGACUCUGAUGCUCAGCCCGAUAUAUUCUUUGAGAAGGUCCAAGUGUCCAGACCCCAGCUCAGCCACCUUCUCAGCGUUCCAGAUGAGAACUCAGCCUUGGAAGAGCGGAAUUCAGCUUCGUGCCCUGAAGACAGGGACCCAGGUCUCUUCCUGCUGCGUAAGGACAGUGAGCGCAGGUCCAUCCUUUACAAAAUCCUCUUGCAGGAGCAGGACCAGGUGGCUUUCAACUUGCAGGAGUGUGUGGCCCAGAGUGCGGAAGAGUUGUAUCUCUCAAUUGGCCACAUCAAGCAAAUAAUUGGGAUCCUGAGGGACUUUAUCCGCUCCCCGGAGCCCAGGGUGAUGGCAUCCACAAUAUCAAAGCUAAAGGUGGACUUGGAUUUUGACAGCUCGUCCAUCAGUCAGAUUCACUUGGUCCUGUUUGGAUUCCAGGAUGCUGUGAAUAAAAUUUUGAGGAACCACUUGAUUAGGCCCCACUGGAUGUUUGCAAUGGACAAUAUCAUCCGCAGAGCAGUCCAGGCGGCCGUCACCAUUCUCAUCCCAGAGCUCCAAACCCACUUUGAGUCUGCCUCUGAGACUGAAAUAGAGAAGGACCCGGAGGAAGUGGAAGGAGACUAUCCGCCAGAGCACAUGCCCAGCGGAGCCGAGCAAGUGGCAUCCAGAGGAAGCAGACCUUGUUCAAUGAUGGUCCAGGUGACCCAAUCCCACCUCCAGCACCUGCGCCUCCAGCUGAAUAGUCUCAGGCAGGAGAGUCACAGACUUUUGGAACACCUGCUUCAAAAAGAGAGAGAGUACCAGAAACUUCUACAGCUAAAUCUAGAACAGAAAACUCAAGAAUUGUAUCGCCUUAAGUCACAAUUCAAAUCUGAUGGUAAUACAGAAAAUCCAGAACCCCUGCAGGGGCGGGGAACAGACAAAGAGCUUAUAGACUGGUUGCAGCUACAAGGAGUGGAUGCAAAUACAAUUGAAAGGAUUAUUCAAGAGGAUUAUACACUUUCUCAUAUUCUUAAUGAUAUCACUAAGGAAGACUUAAGAUACCUUAGACUACGUGGUGGUGUCCUCUGCAGGAUUUGGCACGCGGUCUCCCAGCACAGAAGACAGGCUCAGGAGUCCUCAACCACUGCAGAUUAGGUUUAGUCACUGACAGCUAAGCCUGAGGACAGAGCAGGCAAAUACCACACAUUUGUGGUUAAAGCUUCUGUUCAUGUGCCUAAGUUUGGAGUUUACCCAAGGAAAAACGAAGACCUACCAUUGUUCAAAGACUGUCUUUACUGAAAAGUUUUAAACCUGUUAUUUAUAAAUGUUUUAAAGAUUUAUAGAACUGUAUGUAAUGUGAACAGUGAGCCUUAGUUUUGAUAUCCCAGAGUAAAACGCUUAUUAAUUUUCUUUCAUUAUCAGCACACAAAGUACUUGCUGGAAAGAUAAACCAAAGUGUGGCUAAAUAAUAGGCUAGCUGUCACUGUUUUAAGAUGUAAGUUAUUCACUAAUAUAGUGCUUAGAGUUGGAAGGUAAAAUUGAUACAAAUGUGCCUUUCAUUUAAAUGUGAUGGAACUGCAAUUUAUG